CACUUUAAAAAGUGGCCUCUGAGAUCUAAUAUUAUUGGGAGACAAAUUUAUGAUGGAUGCUUUUUCUUGGAAGAGAAGUAGACCCAGUAGAAUUUGGGGCUUUUGUAUUCUUUUAUUGAGUGGAAAAUAAAAGUCCAAAACAUUGCAGACGAAGGUAGAAAAAGUAUGGAAAAAGUGUGCAUGAAAGCAGGCAUGGAAUCAAAUUUGUAAGCACAUAGACAAGAUAUUUAUGGACGCCUGCUUAUCCAAUCGGAUAUAUAUGGCUGCAUAUGCGUAAGCAUUUACAGCUAGCAACAAACUACAAAUAAAUUUAAGAGCCCUUGGAAACCCCAACAGCUUUUAUUUUUAAAUAAGGAUUCCGUUUUUAUACACCUAGGUGGUUUGGUAAAUUUUGAAGGCUUUUGAAUGGCCAAAGUAUUUUAGUAUUUUCCCUUCUGAGAUUUUGAAGGAGACCCACCUGAAAACUGGUAUGCUGUGUCUCUGGAUACAGUUGGGUGCUGUAGUAACUAUGUGGGGAUUUUAAGUGACAAACUAAAACUUUUUAUUUUCUGAAAACCCACCUUAAAUUUUAGGCCUUGGAGGCAUUUGAUGUGCUUGUUUGGUUGUCUGAUAAAUUUAAGGCUCUCAGAAGGGAAGCUGUUUUCAUUUUUCUUUUCCUGAAGAUGUUUUUUGGGGAAUAUCCAACUGGAAAAUUGGGGCUUUCAGAGCUUUUCUGUGUUUGGUAAUACAGCAGGGUGCUCAAAGCUUCUGAAGGACAAACUACUAACUUCCCUGGGGGUUUUCUGGAAGACCCACCUCAAAAUUUGACGUCCUUAAAGAGGCAUUGUUGUGUUUUUUGAUACAGUUGGGUACUGUGAGAAGUUUAAGGCCUGUUGAAAGGCCAGAAUGCUAGUUAUCUGAUUUUUCUUUUUGUUUGGAAAAACCAAUCUGAAAUUCCGAGGUUUUCAGAGAAAAGUACUGUUUUUGUUGAUAAUGUUAGGUGCUCUGAUACAUUAAAGGGCAUUUGCAAGUUGAAACUGGUAACUUUUCUGAAGUUUUUGGGAAGACCCAGUCUAGAAGGGAGCGCUUUGAAGUUAAAACUGUGAAGGAAUUCUGAGUAUUGAAGGGCCGGUAGAUUAGGUGAUUCUGUAAUAGUUUUGACGUGGGUUUGUGGGCAAGGGUCUUUGGGGAUUAAAUAAUCCGGCGUUGCCCUUCUUGCGGUUAUUUAUUAUAUCUGAUAGUCAUUUCGAGACAUGAAAUGGCAUUGUGUAGAACAUAUUGACUUAAUACUUAGACAUUAGAUACGUUAGGCCAGCCUCUGGAUUCCAGACCUCUGGGUGCCAGGAAAAUGGCAGAUCAUCUGGUUUUGUAUGUCGACCGUUUGAUAACUCCUACCUUGGAGCCUGUAAAUGAAGUCAAUGUCACAAUGCCGCCUAGCCAGAUUUUGGGGAAACAAAAUGUGGUAUCUUCCUAUCAAGUUGGAUCAUCUAAGAAAAUUGAUGAAGAGGGAGGCGAAUUUGUAGAAUGCAGGAUUUGCCAGGAGGAGGAUGUGGACAAAAGUAUGGAGAUACCCUGUGCCUGCACUGGCAGUAUGAAGUAUGCUCAUCGAAAAUGUGUGCAACGGUGGUGCAAUGAGAAAGGUGAUAUUACUUGUGAGAUUUGCCAACAGACAUACAAGCCCGGUUAUACAGCUCCUGCACCGGCUCAUUCUAAUGGCAUUCCCAUUGAUCUCAGUGAACACUGGGGAGCUCAGUUAAACCUGAAUGACCCGCGAUUUCUAGCCAUGGCUGCUGCAGAACGUCACUUUUUGGCAGCUGAGUAUGAUGAAUAUGCAGCAGCCAAUGCAAGUGGUGCUGGUUGUUGCCGUUCUGCAGCUUUGAUUUUUAUGGCACUUUUGCUUUUACGCCAUGCCCUUGCCAUAACCAGUGCUGGAGGAGAAGAGGAUGUCUCAACAUUCUUCACUCUUUUCCUUUUGAGAGCUGCAGGCUUCCUUCUGCCAUGCUACAUCAUGGCACGGGCAAUGAAUAUACUACAGCGCAGGAGACAGAGACAGGAGGCGGCAACAACUGCAGCUGAAGUGGCUUUUCUUUUGCAAGCAGGGCGGGCUCGAGGAUUGAGGUUUGCUGCUGCAGCAGCAGCAGCAGCUUCUGGAUCCCCACAUGGCCAUUAGUGAACUCAAAACUGAGAAGUCCAGGAACAACCAUGCCGAAUGCAAAAUAGUGUUUGCAGUUUAUUUGUCUUUGGAACAAUAAUUCCAAGCUUUGAUGAAAUGAGCCCCACAAAAAGUAUUGUCUGCUCACAGUUGAAAAAAAAAUAUCAUUUUUUGUGAAGUCUAUGAUGUCUGGCGGCUGAAUCCAGAGAUCCUUAUCAAUAGGAAAAGUGUUACCAUUGCAGGCUUUGGCUAGCAAUGAGUGAAUGUGUUCAUUUCCUCUACCAAUAUUGCAUCAACUCAAUGUGAAAGGUCAUCAUCAAAUUCUAAAGAAGAACUAACAUUGUUUUCUUUGUAAAUAUCUUGGCUUUAUAGCUAUUUUGGCAAUUUCCAUUGUGUGCAUCCAAUCAAUUUGUUUUGAAAGAUGCAGGCUGCUUAUAACCAAAACCAGUUUCUGUUUUUGUGAUUUAUCGAAUGCUCAAUGUGAAUUAUAUUAUCAAAAUUACACA